AUGUCUUCCUUCGGCUUCGACACCACUGCCGACGAGGUCGCAUCGAUCUGUUCUUCCACCAUCCGUGGCAAGACUGUCUUGAUCACCGGAGCUUCCCCCAACAGCCUAGCCGCAGAAUUCGCCCUCUCCAUCUCCAAACAUGCCCCAGGCCUAAUCAUUCUCGCUGGUCGCAGCGCCGCCAAGAACGAGCAGACAGCUGCCGAAAUCAAGAAGGUCGCACCCGACGUCUCGACUCGCUUCCUCCAGCUAGACCUUGGCUCCAUGGCGAGCAUCCGCGAGUCUGCAAAGGAGGUCAACGGCUACACAGACGUGGACCACAUCGACGUCCUCAUGAACAGCGCCGGUAUCAUGGCCGGUCCGUACGCGCAAACGGCCGAUGGCAUCGAAGCGCAAUUCGGCACGAACCAUCUGGGCCAUUUCUUGUUCACCAAUCUGAUCAUGGACAAGCUGGUCUCGGCUGAUGGCAGCAAGCCAUCCCGGGUGGUGAAUGUCACGAGCAUGGGCCACCAAUUGUCGCCUAUUCGGUUCCAGGACUGGAAUUUUGACGAUGGCAAGGCGUAUGACCAGUGGUUUGGCUAUGGCCAGUCGAAGACCGCUAAUAUGCUUUUCUCGAGGGCUCUCGCGGCACGCUAUGCUAGCAAGGGCCUUACCUCUGUGAGCGUGCACCCGGGGGCGAUUCUUACGAAUCUGGUCGGGAGCACUACAGAUGAUGACUGGGCUGCGUUGAAAAAAAUCGCACACAGCCAUGGACUUGCCGAUUUCAAGGCCGAAUUCAAGUUUAAAACUUUCCAGCAGGGUGCUGCUACUCAGCUCUUUGCGGCAUUCCAUGAUUCUGUUCUUGGGGAGAAUAAUGGGAAAUACCUUUUCGAUUGCCAGGUUAUUGAUGACGAGAGUGUCAUUUCUUGGGCUAGAGACCCAAUUGAUGCCGAGCACCUGUGGCGACUGAGUGAGGAGAUUGUGGGACAGCAAUUUGGACCCUAG